CCCAAAGCGACGGGGACGCGCUGCGGGACCAAGAUGGCGGCGCCCAGCGCGGCGGGGGCCCGAGGGAGGCCGCCCGCAGCCACCCCGCAGCAGAUCCGGGACCUCAUCGACGGCGGCAUCGCCCCGGAGGGGGGCGGCAGCGACGGGAAGGAGGCGGCCGGCCGGCCGCAGCCCGCCAGCGGGGACGCUCCCCCCUCGGAGUCGACGAGCAAAGAGGCUUAUUUCAGCCGGGUGGAAACCUUCACCCCGCUGAAGUGGGCGGGCAAACCCCACGAGCUGUCCCCGCUGGUGUGCGCCAGGUACGGCUGGGCCAACGUGGAGUGCGACGUGCUGAAGUGCUCCAGCUGCCGGGCCUUCCUCUGCGCCAGCCUGCAGCUCGCCUUCGACUUCGCCAAGUAUAAGGAGCGCUGCUCGGAGCUGAAGAAGUCCUUGUGCACCGCGCACGAGAAGUUCUGCUUCUGGCCGGACAGCCCCUGCCCAGACCGCUUCGCUCUGCUGCUGGUGGACGAGCCCCGGGCCCUUCUCCAGGACUUCCUGGAGCGCUUCCAGAGCCUGUGCCAGCUGGAGCUGCAGCUGCCCUCCCUCCGAGCCGAGGACAUGAAAAGCACGUCCCUGACGGAGGAGAAGAUCACCUUGCUCCUCCAGCUGAUCAGGGAGGAGCUCGAGCACAACGCGGAGGGGGAGAAGCCGCCGGCGAGGUUCACCUCGGAAGCCCUGCCAGUGCACGUUUCCGCCUGCGUCCUGGCGCUGUGCGGCUGGACCUGCGGCGCCGUGUCCGGCUCCCUGCUCCUCUCGGUCAUCACCUGCUCGCGCUGCAUGAGGAAGGUGGGGCUGUGGGGCUUCCACCAGCUCGAGCCUGGCGGCCCGGAGCUGGACUCGUGCGGCCCCAGCGGCGCCCCGACGGCACCCGCCGAGCGCUGCCCGCCCGUGCCCACGUCUCCGCGCAGGAUGCUGACGCGGAGCCAAGACGCGGUUCCUCCGGGCUCCGAGCAGGAGAAGAGCCCGUCCCCGGUGGUCUCUCGCCCGCGGGCUUGGGACUCCCCCAGCCCCGUGGAGCGAGGCGAAGCGGAGGCAGCCAGCCCCACGCUGCGGAGCCGCCCCGUCACCCGCAGCAUGGGGCAGGGGGAAGCGGCCGUGGAUGUGCCGUCCAGCCCCGUCCGCAGGGCCAAGCGGGCACGGCUCUGCUCUUCCAGCAGCUCGGACGCUUCCUCGAGGAGUUUCUUUGACCCCACCUCGCAGCAUCGCGACUGGUGCCCCUGGGUCAACGCGGUGGAGGGAGCGGAGGCCCCGGAGGAUUCUGCAGCCCGGGCCCAGGAGGAGCCCCCGAAGGCAGAGCCGGGCUGGCAAGUGAUCCUGAACGUGCUCCUGGCCAUCAGAAAAUGUGACAGAGUGCCCGAGACGGAGCCUGUGAGCCUCUCGGUGAAGUCCUCCAAGGUGUUCCGCAUUUUCCGGCAGUGGGAGAGCGUGAAUCCCUCCUGAACCUGCCGGCUGCCUCCGGGGGAACCGCACGCAGCCCUUGCUGGGGGCAGCGCCUCGCUCCGGCACAGAUCCCCUUUACGGUCGCUCCCGCGGCAGCUCCGUGCCCCGGGGAGGGCUCAGACGCGUGCCGCGAAAGCCCCGGGCUGCCCCAGUGCCAAACCAUCCCCCCAGCAGCCCCUGGGGACCCCCCCCCCCCCAGGUCUGCCUUCCUCGGAGCCCCCCGCCUUCGGCAGUUGCUGCCGUAGCCCUCGGCCCCGAGGCCUUCGACAGCUCCGCGCGGGGCAGGACGAGGGGCCGCGGUCAGCUGGGCCUGCCCCCAGCAGCACGGGGAGGCGAUGCCAGGCGGGAAUAAACAUUUCACCUU